AUGGAAGACACACCAUCCUUACCUGCAUCAAAAACUUAUGAACUAACAGCCUCCUCAAUCUCAUACACCAAAUCCACCACCGCAAUCACCGCCUUUGCUCCACUUAACUUCCUCUUCAAGCCAUGCACCUCCUCUUCUUCUCCCACGUACAUCCUCCGCGACGUCACCCUCACCGCCUACCCCUCCCAAAUCCUCGCCGUUGUUGGCCCUAGCGGCGCCGGAAAGUCCACCCUCCUCGACAUCCUAGCCGCCCGAACCUCCCCCACAAGCGGUGCCCUCCUCCUCAACUCCUCCCCCGUCAACCCUUCCUCCUUCCGUAAACUCUCCGCCUACGUUCCUCAACAUGAUGCAUGCCUCCCCCUCCUCACAGUAUUUGAGACCUUCGCCUUUGCCGCCUGCCUCCUCAUCCCAAACCCUAACAAGUCCAACAUUGCCACCAUCGUCUCCUCUCUUCUCUCCGAGCUCCGCCUCACUCACUUGACCAACACGCGCCUCGGCCACGGCCUAUCUGGCGGUGAACGUCGCCGCGUCUCCAUCGGCCUAAGCCUUCUACACGACCCAGCCGUCCUCCUUCUCGAUGAACCAACCUCCGGCCUCGACAGCACCUCCGCUUUCAACGUAAUGCAGACCCUCAAGUCCAUCUGCACCUCCCGUCAGCGCACGGUUGUUCUAUCAAUCCACCAACCUAGCUUCAAGAUCCUCUCCACCAUUGAUAGAAUCCUCUUGCUUUCAAAAGGUCAAGUUGUUCACCACGGAACCCUUUCUUCUCUGGAAGAGUUUCUCCUCUCAAAUGGCUUCACUGUCCCUCCACAGCUCAACGCCUUGGAAUACACCAUGGAAAUACUAAACCGCCUCACAGUCCCUAAACCUAUCUCAUCCACCACUUCACCUCCAUUAAUCUCUUCUUCUCCAAAUUCUGAUGAUGGUGAUGGAGCUAGACAAGUGGUUCGUUACAAAAGCUCUAGAAUCCACGAGAUUUUGACGCUUUACAAUCGCUUUUGGAAAAUCAUAUACAGAACUAGGCAGCUACUCUUAACAAACACCUUGGAGGCCUUACUUGUGGGUUUGGUUUUGGGCACCAUUUACAUAAACAUCGGGUUUGACAAGCAAGGAAUCGAGAAGAGGUUCGGUCUUUUUGCUUUCACUCUCACUUUCCUUCUUUCCUCCACAACCGAAACACUUCCGAUCUUCAUCAACGAAAGACCUAUUCUUCUUAGAGAAACUUCCGGUGGGAUUUACAGGCUCUCUUCGUAUCUGAUAGCGAAUACUCUAGUUUUCUUGCCCUACUUGCUUGCGAUCGCGAUCAUAUACUCGGUCUGUGUCUACUUCUUGGUUGGUCUUUGUGCUAGUUGGCAAGCUUUUGCUUACUUUAUCUUAGUGAUAUGGAUCAUUGUGUUAAUGGCCAACUCGUUCGUCCUCUUCUUGAGUUCACUUGCUCCAAACUACAUUGCCGGGACUUCGCUUGUGACGAUUAGUCUCGGCGGUUUCUUUCUAUUUUCCGGCUACUUUAUCUCAAAGGAUAACAUGCCCAAGUAUUGGUUGUUCAUGCACUUCUUUUCUAUGUACAAGUAUGCUCUUGAUGCGCUUUUGAUCAAUGAGUAUGGUUGCCUUGUGUCGACGUGUAUGAUAUGGUACUCCGAUGAUCGGAGUAAAAACAGUACAAAGAGUAGUAGUACAUGCAUGAUGACCGGAGGUGAUGUGUUGCAGAAGAGAGGGCUCCAUGAAGGGCAGAGGUGGACCAACAUUUACAUCUUGAUUGGAUUCUUCGUUGCCUACCGUGUGCUAUGUCUGCUGGUUUUGCUCAGAAGGGUUUCAAGAUCAAAGAAGUAGCACUGAAUUGUAAUAAUGUAUAUCUUGUAAGUUGCAUGCUCAAUAUUUUUAUUUUCUUUUC